AUGUCGGACAAGAAAGCAAGGACACGGAGGAAAACCGAGGGCAAGACUAAGACGACUGCAGCUAAUACACUCUUUGCACACUUUGGGAAACGAGCUCCAACCAACACAGAGAUCGAGCGCGAGCUAUUUAUUGAUUCUACCGAGAAAUCAUUAUCAAAGCCAGCGUAUAAUGCUCGUGUCGUAGCGUCCAGAACACCGUCUUUUCCGGAACCAAGUAUCAUCUCAUCCACAGGGAAGCGUAGGAGAGUCGAGUCGGACAGCCCACCUGGAACUCCUGUACGUCUACGGUCUCGUAGCCCGCUGGCUGUUCCAUCUAGUAGUCCGCCACAGCAGCCCAUCGAACGAUCUAGUAGCCCCAUUGUUUUGUCCAGCAGUCCGCCCCCUCGACCUAUCAGCCUACCUCCUCAGCCUAGCAGUCCAGUUGUUAUCCCCGCUAUUAGCUCUCCAACACUCCAGCCGCGUAGCCCAGUGAUAAUAGUCGAUGACGAAAGUCCCUUGUCCAGCCCUCCAAGUCCUCCCCCAACUCUCGAAGACGAAAAGGCGUCAGACAGUGACGGCCUUGGGCUCACUGCUCAUCCGUUUUUCGCUAAAGCAAGAGCUAAAGGCAAGGGCAAACAAAAACCCGCCCCGCGUCAUGAGAAAGGCAAACAAAAACCCAAAAGGCCGGCGGGAAGUCAGGAGUCUCCCAUUGAGAUUGGAGACGAGGGGUCGAACGAGACGAGUUCGGCGGUUCAUGCGUUUUUCAAACCUCGUAAAUCGAUCAAGAUUUCUGAAUCUCAAGAACCCAAGGCCAAAUUUACAGGAGGGGUGAUCCCUCCGUGGCCGACAUAUGAUUCGAUCCAUGUAGGGCACACGACAUGGCCCAUUGCCGAGCUGCCUGCGUGUCCCAUUCCGAGGCGCCGGCGAGCGGAACAUUCCACGACGUCGAUUUCAGAGGAGGCGACACGAGCGUGGGCUGAAAUGUAUCGGAGGUCUCAGGUGGAUGACGACAUACUCGACCUUUCAACGAGUAGAAUAGAUGCAUGGGCUGCUUUGCGACAUCCUAGAAACGAUGGCGACGAAAUUCCGGAGGAGCAUGCGAAAAAUCCAGCAAUUGCACGAUUUGACGACCCCUCAAGAGCAUUUGGACAGCCAGUAAAGUCAGACGAAAUCCUUGGGAAUCAACCUGAAGUUGAGCUCAUCAAGGAGUGGAUGAGCAAGCUCGCCGUGAAACGAAAAGAAGACGAAGAGCGGGAGGUUCGUGAGACUAUCGAGGCACAGAAGCAAAAGGACGAUGAGGAGCAGAAGGAACGAGAGCAAAAGAAUGAUCAGGAGCAGGGGGGACAAGAUGAGAAGGGGCACGAAGAUGAACAAGAACAGCAACAGCAACAACAGGAGGCAAAGAAGAAACGAAAGAAGAAGGUUAGGAGAGAGAAGCCGGUGGUAAUCGUGAGAGAUAGGAUUGUGAGGAACGUUAAAAAGCCUAGUCGGCGAGUCAAGGAAAACCAGAACGAAUACGACCCUGAAAUGAUCAACGACUUUAUCGACGAUGCGGAUGAAGACCAAGUCUACUAUGAGGAUAAAGAUAUAGGCAAUACCUUGGUCGUUUGUGGCGGAGUUGGAGCUGGGAAAAGUGCUGCUGUUCAUGCGUGUGCGCAAGAACUCGGAUGGACAGUACUCGAGAUCUAUCCGGGGAUCGGCAAGAGGGGAAUCGGGGCCAAUGGUCUGGCAGGUUGGGUUGGAGACGCAAAAAUGAAUCACACGGUCGACAAAGUUGACAAGGAUAAUAUUGCCCAAUCGGUUAUUUUGCUUGACCAGGUUGACAUGUGGUUUGAGCAAGACUCCCAGUUUUGGACCGCUGUCCAAAACUUAGUUAAUGGAUCAUUGCGAGGAGUCAUAAUGACCACAAAUGACAUCUAUGCGUUUGAGGACCAGUUUCCAGUCCAUAGGUACCCAGAACUUGACCAAGUGGACCCUGAUUUGGCGAGUUCGUACUUGUAUGCGCAAGCACGGGCUGCACUGCUUCAUCAGGCUGGUGGAAUAGAGACAGAUGCGGAUGUACCCCACAGGUUACCGUCGCGCCAGGCGUUUCGGGAACUGUUCAAUAAGACUGCCUUGGCUCCUAGGUUGCCUAGCUUUAUGCUUCAGGACAUCCCAAUGCACCCUCACCCAUCCCAAAUGGAUAAGCUAAAGGCUCUGGGGCGCGCGUUGGAAGAGACCAAAUUCUGGGUGGUCCACGGUCGUAAUUGCCAGGAACGGGAGGAGCGAGAGCCAGUGGAUGUACGGGAAGCAUGGGACGCGUGCGGGUAUGAUGUUGUAGAGAACCUGGGCGAUUGGAGCCAAUCCAAGGUAGUGAAACACCCAGGUAACGUAGAAGCGGUCGAAGCAAUGCGGCUGGAAAGAUUUUCAGACACACUUUCGUGGGUCGACGCACACCUGGAACGUCGCUGGGGACGGCAACUCGAAGCCGCUGAAGUAGAUCGGUAUCAACCAGGGCCGGAUGACCAGGCGUAUCAUAAGCAAGUCGAAUUGUGCAAGCCAUUCAAACUCGAGUCGGUUGGAAUCGCCGAGCACUGCGUUGACGCGAAUAUUGCGUUCGCCGUAUUAUGUUUGGCCCGACGUCGGUUAGAGCGUAGCGGAGUAGGUGGCGGUGCACGACAAAAUCUGAAAGUUGUGGCCCACUUUGACGCACGGAAGCUCGAAGAAACCCGGUCGGAAUACCAAGAUGGUCUACUGACGUUUUUGGAAACAUACAUUUUGUCUGAAGCAACGGAUCAGUUGCCUCACGCACCAGUUGUACUGGAUGUGCUGCCUGUGGUGCGUCGGAUGGUUGCAAUAGACGACGAGUUUGAAAAAGAAGCGGAAAAGGGACCGGUUCGGGUGGAACGGGGAGGACGUCCACGCAGGGCGGCAGCUCAGUCGCAGAAGUACGUUCGGUACCUGACGUUGCAUGAAGUGGGCAAACAGGCCAAGGCGCUAGCAAUGGUGAAAGAAACCGAGUACAAACUCAUAUUGCCGAGAAGCGGGGUUAUUGGAAUUGCAUGCGGCGGGCACGUGGGCGGGGUGAUGGCCUCUGACGAGCGCGGGUCCGUGACCCCCGCCCGCACCCCGACACCGGGCAAUGACAAGCCACGCCUAACAUCUCUCGAGUAUCUCCAGCUGACUCAACGAUCUGGCCGAGGCUCAAUUACCGAUCCAUCGCUACAUGUGUCACAUCCACCCGCGAGUCCGAAACGUCCACCGAGUCCGCUACGGAUGAGAUCUCCAGGUAGCAAGCGCCGAGAGCGCGAGGAAGACGAGGCCGCUGAUUCUCCAGGCCCGGGACCACGCCUGCCCCAGGCGCACGACUUCAACUACACCAUGCGCCGCCAUUCGAUAGCCGCUGUCCCCCGUAUGCGACACCCACGUGAUCUGUCCCCGCUCACAAGGUCUCCUGAGCACACGAUGCCGUUCCUCCCGCCGCCAGCUGUAACUGGCCAGAAACGCAAGCUUACCGAGCGUCCGUUCCCCACUCCAAUGGAGCCCUCGGACCCCCGUUUCCCCGGUGCAAUGGCUCCGCCCCCAGGCAUCGACCAAGGCCCGCUGCUCAAACGCAGGGGCUCUGCAUUCGAUCCCCGGGUACCUAACAUCUACGAGCGACGAGACUCGAUAGGCGCUGCCCCGUGGCUUGCAGAUCGGCGUGAUUCCACCGCAUCUCUCUAUUCAAACACUUCAAUCGCAUCGAGUGUUGGAUAUACUACUGCCAAUUCGUCUACCUAUUCCCCCGAUACUCAGCUCCAUAACGGCAAUAAACCCGGUCAGGUCUAUGCGUGGCCUGAGCAAAUACUGGCCCGAGCCAGGAGCUCCCUCAGCGCUCCUUCCCUUCGUUCUCCGAGACUCAUGCAAACGGGACGGCCCAGAACUUUGUUGGGAACGGCAACGAUCGUGUAUCAAUGCAGCCUGUCGCUGUACCGUCGCUUCCUACCACCAAUGGAGAACGCCGAGAAGAUCGCAGGGCACCACGCCCGAGGCCGCAUCGCAGGCCACCGUUCCGCCCUCCGAAACCAAUGCCAGCGGGACAAACAGCAAUGCCGGCCCAGGCGAGACUCAGUAUCCGGCACGGCCAAGGAAACCCCUUAUUCCCGUUCCCCUGAACUUCGGGUAUCACAUAAACUCGCAGAGCGUAAACGACGCAAGGAAAUGAAGGACUUGUUCGACGAGCUACGGGAUCAUUUACCAGCUGACCGGGGCAUGAAGGCCAGUAAAUGGGAAAUCCUUAGCAAAGCAGUCAUACGCCGAAGUAAGCCAGGACUUGAUAUGGUUCGACACGAGCUCGAGGCCAUCCGUCCAGGUUCAAUUACUGGCCACCACCCUGUAGCCCCUCACCAUCCCCAUCCUCACCCCGGGUACGCCAUCCCGUACGGUGCGUAUCCCGUAUCCAACCACUACUCCGUUCAGCCUGGUGCAGGUUUGCCACCACCUCCCACUGGCCCCCAACCUCCACCUGCAUAG